CAUUGCAACGCUUCAGGAUCCAUUAACAGGAAGAAGACGAAGAAGAAGAAACAAUGGCGUUGAAGUUUCUGAACAAGAAGGGAUGGCAUACGGGGAGUCUCCGUAACAUAGAGAACGUAUGGAAGGCCGAGCAAAAGAACGAAGCCGAGCAGAAGAAGCUCGAGGAGCUCCGCCUCCAGAUCCAACAGGAGAGGGAGCGUUCUGAGUUUCGCGCUCUCCAGGAACAGGCCGGUCUCGCUCCGAGGCAGGAAAGACUGGAGUUUCUAUACGAUUCAGGGCUUGCGGUAGGGAAGCCAAAUGCCAGUAGUUCAGGGCAUGGUGUUUCGUUUCAAACUCAAGAACAACCAGCCAAAGCUGAUACCAGUAAUAUUAGCAAUAACGCACAGCAGCAACAGUCAGCUCCUGGUGCGUUGUUUGAGGAUAAGUCACACUCUGCGAAUGAUGCCUGGCGCAAACUCCACUCCGACCCUUUACUUCUUAUCAGGCAGCGUGAGCAAGAAGCACUUACGCGGAUCAAGAACAACCCUGUAAAGAUGGCCAUGAUUCGCAAAUCUGUAAAAGGAAAGGAAAAGGUGAAAGAUGGAGAUGGGAAGGAGCACAAGAAAAAGCAUCAUGGUAGUGGGUCGAAGCAACGCAAACAUUCUUCAUCCAGGCACUAUUCUGAUUCAGAAGAAGAUUCUGCUGAAGAGAGUAAAGGAAGAAAAUCCCGUCACAAAACGUCGAGGAAUUAUGACAAACGCUAUGAGAGAACAAGGUCAGAUUCGGAGGAGGAAGCAGAGAUAAGAGAAAGUCGUGGGGAUACUCGACACAAGGGAAAGUACCGAGAUCACUCACCUUUACGGCGAUCAGAGAGGGACAGUCAUAAGAGAUCUGAUUCGGAGGAUGAAUCGAAGAGAAGAGAGAUUCGUAGGGAUACUCGAGACAAGGAGAAGCAUCGAGAUAACUCGCCUUUCCGGCGCCCAGAAAGAGACAAUCACAAGAGUUACAAUCAAGAGAUUAGGAAAAGAAAUGAUGAGGAUUCAAAUCGAGAAAAAUAUGCCUCCAAGGACAGGGAGGAUGGAACCGCUCGUAGAGGUUCAGUUGCAGAAAGGGAACAUGAAAUUCAUCAUAGACGACGGAAAACUGCCCCGAAACUAACGGAGGAAGAGAGAGCUGCUAGACUGAGGCAAAUGCAAAUGGAUGCGGAGUUGCAUGAUGAGCAAAGAUAUAAAAGAUUGAAGAAGGCGGAUGAAGCCGACAAGCGGGAAUCUAACCAGGACAGUGUUGUACAACGUGCAGGCAAAAGCUUUCUGGACGCUGCUCACAAAAGCGUAUAUGGAACUGAGAAAGGCGGAAGCUCGACUAUCGAAGAAAGUGUUCGUCGCAGAGCUUACUAUUCGCAGCGUGGGUCCGAGGCUGAAGGCAAUGCCUUCCGCCGUUGAUGCAAAUACACACCGCGUGGGUAUGCAGUCCAUUUAUACAAACAACACCACCAGGACAUGAGUGAGAACGGUUAAUCAUCGAAACGCGAGCAUCCCAAUUGUGGGGCAUGGGCCUGUAAACGUAUCGACGCGUUUUCAUUUGGGCCCUCGUCCCCUUUUAGGGUCCAACCUCACAAUGUGGAAUUUGGCGUAAUUGAAUCAAAACAUUCCACCCAAAGGGAGAGAGGGAAUCAGCCAAAAUAGAGAGGCGACGGGCCAAAACUCAAAAGGAGAGGUCGGCAUCACUCACAAGUCGAAGCCCCCGUGACAAGAGUCUCUUUUCAAAGUAUAAUUCGCCAGAUUCCCCUUCGGCCACGGGACUCCCUUCGUCACGUUUUUGUUUAUUUUUGUCGUUCGAAGCGAUAAUGUUUGGCGGCGUACGUAUCGUAUGCUCCCAAAACUUUCCAAUCAAAUUUCCUCUCAAAUAGUACCGGUGGCCGUCGUCUCGUAAGAAUUGAGUUUUAUUUUA